AUGACUGUCAUGAAACCAUUAAUCCUAAUCACCGGUGCCAACCGGGGCUUAGGGUAUGCCACGGCCAAACAGCUUACCAGAACCGGUAAAUACCGUCUCCUCAUUGGUGCCCGGACGCAAGAGAAAGCCGAGGAAGCCAUUAAGGAACUAAGCAGUUCCUCCGACGACCUGACGCCAGUGUCACUAGACCUUAACAGUGACGAAUCCAUCAAGGCUGCUGCCACCUUUGUUCGGGAACGGUUCGGUUCGCUCGAUAUCCUUGUCAAUAAUGGCGGAAUCAACCGAUCCUCUGACCCCAACGCCACGCUGCGCGAGACCUACCGCGCCGUGUUUGAGACUAACGUCUUCGGGGUGGCCGUCGUAAUCGAGGCUUUCCUUCCCCUCCUCCGUGCUUCCCAAUAUCCCGAUCGACGCAUUGUCAACGUUACUAGCGGCCUCGGACAGAUUGGGAUAGCCUACUCGCCUACCUCGGAGUAUAGUGCCAGGGUCUGGGAGCUGCCAGUCUACCGAAGCAGUAAAUCCGCCCUCAACAUGAUGAAUGCGGUGGAUGCGGUACGCCUGCAAAAGGAGAACAUUCUGUCAGUCGUGGUCUGCCCGGGCCACUGCCGGACGGACUUUGGAGGAGGCCGCGGUGUCAAGUCUGCUGAAGAAGGGGCACGGCCUAUUGUACGCGCGGCAACAGAGGGUUCCCCGGACGAAAUGUUUGGGAAGGUCGUGGAGGAUGAGGGGUAUUUUGUGGAGUUUGGGUGGUAA